UCAGCAUAAUAACAUUUCCUAUUUUGUUCUGACGGUCUCAAGAAAUUCUUGCGAGAAAUUUCUUUCGACCUAGAAUGAAGCUGUCUAUUGCCUUCAAGAAGUUGAAAACAAAGAAAUAUAUGAGUCAGUUAUUUCGAAAACUGAAUGCAUGAGCAAGAAGUCUGAAAUAGCGUUUGCAACUUGGUGUUCGAAAAGAAAAGUUAGCUUUAUGGGUGUGCCAUUUACUAGGAAGAGGAGUAGAGGAUUGGAUAAGCGCUAUAGGAGACUUUGUGUGACGAAGAAUGAAUUUAGAGGGUGUUGUGAAAUCCAUCACUACUUCUAUUCCGCGCUAUCAAAACCACAUAAGCUCUCUAAAAAAGCAAGGAUGCACCAUCAUUGGAUAUGCUAGGAAGUCUACUGGUCGCAAUGAUGAAGAAAACAGAAAAAGGCUUUUGAAUAGCAUGGUGCAGUGCUUAAAAGAAAGAUCUUUAUGUGACACGGUCUUUGUGUCAUGGUCUUGUUCGGCCGCCGCCAAUAUCGCCUCAAGAGACAUGAAUGUCAACCCUGAUUUGCUCACUGAUUUGAUAGGUGUAAAAGGAGACACUCAAUCCAUGAUUUCGUAUAUCAAUUCAUCAGUAACAGACAUUUGCCUUGUAGCAAUCGAUUUCGCAGGACUGUCUACCAAUGUUGGUGAUCUACAAAAUUUUUUCAAUACUCAUAAGAAAUUGAAGACAGUUCUCAUUGACAAAUUAAUUUAUGACAACGAAUUCCACGAAUUCAAGAGAGAGGCCGUUCUGAGUGAUCCAACAAUUUUAUCGUCUUUUGAUUGUAGAUCAAAACCAGUCCAAAGAUCCAGAAAAGUCUAAAUACUCAACUGUCGUCCUAUAUUUAUCAUCAAGUUUGGCAGAUAUUUAUGUACUAGCCG